CAAUNUCAUCAACUCAUACGACUCCCAAAAAUGAAUGGGUGAUUGCUAUGCCAAAUAUUUCAGAUUAACAAGAGAACGAUUAUUAUUUGAAUUGAAAAAACGAAAUAUCAAUGUCAUCAACACCGCUAAAAGAGAUGGGUUGGUUAAGGAAUUAGAACUUGGCUUGGCUAAUGAAACAGAAAUGAUACAAGAUGAUAUUUCCGAAAAUCAAGAAAAUCAAAAUAUUAUAUGGAAUUCUACUUAUGAGUUUCCCUUGGAGUCUGGAUGGGCGUUAAAAAGCAAGCAAAAAUAUGGUAAAAAAGGAGGUGGAAAACGUAUAUCUAAAAGAGUAUGGAAACUUUUAGAAGAAUAUUUUUUGGAAGGGGAUGUUGAUAAAAGUAAAAGAUUUACCGCUACUAUUAUGCUAGAAAAUCUCAGAAAUAAAGUUGAAGAAAGAGAGUUGGAUGAAGAAGAAAUACCAAAACUACAAACUAUUCAAGGCUGGAUAUCUCGUUAUUCAGCACAACAUCGCCAAAAAAUGGCAGAAAUAUCUUUGGUACGUUAGAAGGGGACCGAGUUCAUAAUAAAAAUAAAUAAAUUUAUAAAGAAAUAAUAAAAUAACAUGAAAUAAUAAUAUAAAAAACUGUUUG